AAUAGUCUAGCGCGGCAAAACGGACAGUGGUUUGCGCGAGUUCUCUGCAACAGUCCGAGUUUCGUCUUCCACGCGCAAUCCGCGAGCCUUCUGCGCGGCGCCACAAACUAGCAGCGAUCACCCGUGGAACCAGCUGCAGCCGGGCCGGUUACUCGACAACCAUGAAGGUGCCCUGCGCUGUCGCGCUGCUUGUCGCGCUGGCCGUCUGCAGGGAGUCCGCCGCGGCCCCCGCCGUCAUCACCACGGACGCCGACGGUACGCUCAACUGCGACGGCAUGAGGUGUCCUCCCGGAGACGGCCUGCUGUGCCUGGUCAGCACCAAGAUGGCCAAUGGCAUGGCCACGGUGCAGCGCCAGUGCGUCAACGGGGCCGGCGUCGUGGUCGCGGAGAACGUCAGCACGGCGCCGAGCCCCGGGAUCGCCUUCGGCCAGCAGACCGCCAGGGCGCUGUACAAGAAGAACUAGUGACGCCGCCUCCGCCGCUCGCACCCGCCUCCCGCACGCCCCACUUACCACACGCCCACCAUUAGACUAAGUUCAAGUUGAAAUAAAACUACCUUUGAAAUAA